AUGGAAAUGCGCGCGUCUCGCGGUCAGAACGGCGGGCCGCACGGGUACCCAGCCGGCACCAAUGGAUACCACGAAAGCCCGCGGCGAGGGUCCGGUUCUGGGACGAUGCCCGCGCGGAUCCCCCUCUUCCACACCGGCUCGGACGGCGUGACCUCCACCCAGAAGAGCUCAGGCUCUGAUGACGAGACCGACCACGGGAUAUUCUCAGACGGCAGGGCCAACGCGUCGCUUGAAUCUCUGCUGGACCCCGUGCCGAUCAUCCCGUACUGGUCAGCGAAACGACAUCUGACCUGCGGGAACCCUACCCCUCCGCCGCCAUGGGUCCCCAAGAUGACGCCCUGGCGCUCGUCCCCCGGGAAGCUCAAGACGGCAAACGCGGCGCUGGUGCUCUGUCUGAAUAUUGAUGUUGAUCCUCCCGACGUGAUCAAGACGAACCCGUGCGCCGUCAUGGAAUGCUGGGUCGAACCACACACCAUGCCGUCCCAUAAAGCGCUCGAGGUCAUCGGCACCAACUUGCAGCAUCAGUUCGAGGGAUUGAGCCCGAAGUUAUCCUACAAGCCCAUCUUGGAUCCAUCCUACGAAGACUUACGACGCUUCUGCACGACUCUCCGCCGUCAGGCGAAGGACGAUACAGUCCUGUUCUAUUAUAACGGCCACGGCGUUCCCAAACCCACCCCCAGUGGAGAACUUUGGUGCUUCAACCGAAAUUACACGCAGUAUAUUCCGGUCUCGCUCGCUGAAGUUCAACACUGGCUAGGAACGCCUUGUGUAUACAUCUGGGAUUGUUCUGCAGCCGGCAAUCUUCUUUUGAACUUCAAUAACUAUGCGCAACGGCGCGAUCAAGAGGCCGCAGCGAACGCUACGGAGUUUACCGUUCCAUUCUCCGACUCUAUCCAGCUUGCCGCAUGCACCGCCAACGAGCUGCUACCUUCCUCCCCCGAACUCCCGGCCGACCUCUUCACAUCAUGCCUCACAUCCCCCAUUGACAUCGCCUUGCGGUAUCACGUUAUGAACAAUCAGCUUCCCAGCAGCAUUACCGCGGAUAUGGUUAUGCAGCUCCCCGGAGAUCUGAAGGACCGCCGUACACCACUUGGCGAGCUCAACUGGAUCUUCACUGCUAUCACCGACACCAUCGCCUGGACCUCCUUCUCUCGCGAACUCUUCACUCGCCUUUACCGCUCCGACCUCCUUGUAGCCUCUUUAUUCCGCAAUUUCCUCCUCGCCGAACGCAUCAUGAAGAAUUACGGCUGCACGCCCCAUACCUCCCCUUCCCUACCUCCGACCAACACCCAUCCUCUCUGGGCUUCCUGGGAUCUAGCCGUCGAUGCGUGUGUACGGCAGAUGCCCGAGAUGCUCAAACAUACCGCGUCGGAUGCCGCGGCGCUGGCGAGCAGCUCCAUCCGCGCGCGGAGGCAAGCGCAAGCUCAGGCCGCUGCUGCACGGGAGGGUCCUCACGGCGAGAAACCAUACACCUACAUCCCCAGCCGAUUCUUCGCGGACCAGCUCACCGCGUUUCAAGUUUGGAUCGCACGGGGAGGGUCGGCGCUCACCCGCCGCGGUCCCAACUCGCUCCCUCUCGCCACACCGGACGGCGAGCCAGGACCCGAGAUAGCCGGGCUCGCAGGGCGUGGGAAGAACACCCAUCUCGUACCGCGCAAACCGCCAGAGCAGCUCCCCAUCGUGCUUCAAGUCCUCCUCAGCCAGCCUCACCGACUACGCGCUCUCAUCCUUCUAAGCCAAUUCGUCGAUCUUGGGCCUUGGGCCGUUCAUCUCGCGCUUGCCAUCGGCAUAUUCCCUUACAUCUCCAAGCUCCUGCAGGCAGGGGGUCAAGAUCUUCGUCCCGUCUUGAUCUUCAUCUGGGCGCGUAUCCUCGCCGUCGACCCGUCCGUGCAGGUUGACCUGUACUCCAAUGGCGGGUUCCGGUAUUUCGCCAACAUCCUCGCUGCAGUGGACGAACCCGGAGGCGCGGGAGGCUUCCCGAACAGCUCGGAGCAUAAAGCGAUGUGCGCGUUUGUGCUAAGCGCCAUCUGCCGCGAUUUCCCACACGGACAGCAAGCGUGCCUGAGAGAGAAGGUGUUCCAUGCCUGCUUCGAGAGGGUGGGCGAAGACGACUUUUUGUUGAGGCAGUGGUGCGCGCUGUGCAUUGGCCAGAUGUGGGACGCGAACGACGAGAUCAAGGUCUUCGGCGUCGACAACGGCACUCAGGAUCGUUUCAUCAGCUUACUAAGCGAUGAUGCGCCCGAAGUUCGCGCUGCGGCAUUGUUUGCGCUCGGCACGUUCAUGGGCGCCAGUGGGUCGGCCGAUCCGAUGAAGACGGGUGGAGGCGGGACGGGGACGAUGGCGCAUCUGGAUGAGAGGGUGCACUUCAGGAUGGAGGUGGCCGUCGUGACGGGUGGCGCGUUGGCGAUCAAGGACGACGCGAGCCCGAUGGUGCGGAAGGAGUUGCUGGUGCUCAUCUCGUGCUUGGUGAAGGAGUGGCGAGGGUUCUUCGUUGUAUGCGCGUGGAUAUACUGGGAAGAGGAUCGCAGGGCUCAGGCGCCAGCGGGGUCGGUGUUGGAAGAGGACAUCACAGGGCAGGCGAUCGCGGAGUGGUUGGAAGGGUUCGUAGACAAGGAUAUGAGGGAGGAGAACAAGGUCAUCAUGAGCUCGUUCUUCACCAUCUUCACCAUCCUGCUCGAGUUCUCCGUCGACCCGUACCACGAAGUCGCGGCUAACGCGCAGACCAUCGUGGACUACAUCAUGGCGCUAUUGAUGGAGAGCGCCUUCACACGCUUGGAAGGUUCCUCGCUAUCGGCUCCGCCGUCGUCGCUGAAGGACAAGGAGAUUCCGUACGGUCAUGGACUGCGUUCACGGCGCUCGAGUCUUACCGGGUCACCAUCGCGCACGCGACCUCCUUCCCCGGCACUAUCAAGACCCGCGAUCUCCCGUGCGGAUACGAUGACAAGCACGAUCUCCAGCGCCGCCAGUAGUACCAUCAAGCGCACUUCAUCGUUCGCGCACGCGCUGAAGAACCUCGCUGGCGGCAUUGCUUUCCCCACUCUCGACGGCGAUCACCACCAACAUCAUGCCGAGUCAUCGGCCAGGACACCCGCUGCCACAAGACACAACUCACCCGUCGACACUCAGCCUGGUCCCGCAUCUCGUGCACCCUCGCCGAACCUGAACUUUGCGCACUAUAUCUCGCCUUACGACCGUGCACGAUCGGCAAUGCCUCAGUACUCCAAGAGCGCACCCGUCUCGCCCACACAUAGCUGGUCACAAGCUCAAUCGUCCAAGACGCAACUGGAUUAUCUACCCUCGGACGUCAUGGAGGCGUUAAUGGAGGAGGAUAUGAACCGCUUGCGUGCACGACGGCGCGGAGAGUCCCCUCUGGCGCGGAGUCCUGGCGAGGACGCACUCGGUCUUGGCCAACCCGCUGUACGCGACGUGCUGCCGCUCAAGUCGACAUUCUACGACUGGUGUGUCGAGUACUUCAAAGAGCCGCAGAUGCGUCAGCAGGAGGCGGAUGAAAGCGGGAGCGUGGAGUACAACUACCAGGCGUGGCGGCAGCAACGGAAUGAGAAGGUGUCCGCGGAGACUGCGACUCAGGCCCAGGUUGCUGAGGCGAAGAGUUGGGGGAAGCCGGUCACAACUCUGCAUGUUGCGGGCGCGCCGCUGAACAUGGCGUUCCAUUCGUAUGACCCUCAUCUUGUGGUCUCGAAUGAGGUGGAUACUGUCACUGUCUUCGACUGGUCCAAGCGAACGCAGCUCACGAGCUUCCAUAACGGAAACCCGAAGGGCGCGACGAUCACCUCCGUACAAUUCAUCAAUCAAGAUGUGGGCGGGCUCAUCCUCGUCAGCUCAGCGGACGGUAUGAUCAAGCUCUACCGGAACUAUGAUCCCGCGACAAGCGAUACGCCGGUGCAGAUGGUCAGCGCUUACCGUGGGCUGAAUGACAUAAUCCGAUUGCAACGUGGCUCUGGGGUCGUCGUGAAUUGGAAGCAGGCUGGCGGUUUCCUGCAUAUCUCGGGCGAUACGCGUAUAAUCCGUGUUUGGGACGCCCAUACGGAGACGCAGCUCCUCGACCUCUCUACACGUGAGGAGAGCCCUGUCACGGCGUUGGCAUCCGAAAGCGGUCCCAGCGCUACCGUCCUGGCCGGUUUUGCAGAUGGGGCAGUGAAGGUGUUGGAUCGCCGCAUGGACGAGGAUGACGCUGUUGUGCGUUCGUAUAACGACCACUACGGCUGGGUGCAGAAUGUCAGGUGGCAUCCUCACCUGCCAGGCCAGUUCUUGUCCGCGAGCUUGGCUGGAGAGAUCCGAUUGUGGGAUAUACGCGGCUCAGAUAGGGCCGUGGAGCAAUGGCAGCCGUUCAACGAUGGAUUGAGCGCUUUCGACGUCCAUGCCCAGGCCGGUGUCUUUGCGAGCCUAUCGUCUACGACAUCAUCCAUUUUCCGGUCGCAGAAGACGGUUGUGCAAUCGCUCGCGCGUUCUAGCGUGCUUUCUACAGUCGAGACGCCGACGGGACUUGUGGCGGCACCUUCGCCGGCCCGCGCGUAUCCGUCGCCUUACAUCCCCCGAGCGAGCUCGCUUGUUUUUCACCCACUUGAGAUGCUGUACGGCGUGGGCAGCCAGGAUGGUACUCUCCGUGUGUUUGGAUGUAAACUUGUAUAA